CUGGUUGACUGGUACGGGGUCCUGGAAGGGGUUGCAGCGGGGUGAGCAGCAAGUGGUUGGGGAAGUUUGGGUCUUAGGUUAGUCGGAGUUCGGGAUCUUGAGAUGUUGUGUGAGGAGGUAGCCCGUCGAGAGAUUCGGCGUUUUCGAUUGACGGUGAGUUGGGCUAGGGCGUGCAGACGCAAGGGCGUCACUUGAUACUGGCCACACUACAGCCUGUGUCUGCGUUUGGCAUUUAGUCCGAUUAUGGGUCUUGUCUGUGAGAAAGUCGAAUCGCUGUUUGAAGUUUGGAGUGCAUUCGACCUUGUGGAGGGUAGACAGAUGGCAAUGAACCGAAGGGAAUGGAUACUUUUGGUACGACCACAGAAGACAGGGUGUGAAUCGGUAGUGCAUUGGAUGUCGCCGGGUGAUUUAAGAGAAUAAUUUGGAAGAUAGGACGUUGAGCGGAGAUCUUCGGACAAUCGCAGAUUGGGAUGCUGGAUCCGCACCCGAAGAAAAAUGAAGAGGAGGAGCAGCAGUGUUCGGAGACGGGUUUUGAGAAAUAUGUGCUUAUCGUCAAGGAAGACGUAGCGUGUCCCACGAAGAUGAAUCCUCCGUCGCACGGGAGGGGCUCGGUAGGGGUAAACGUCGAAGAUCGUGCACCGGCAAGAAGCAACAGAUCUUGGUACGAAACCCACGCCAGAGGUCUCUUCCAGUCCUCAAGGGCAUUCUUUGAAUUCUGCAUUGACACAAUUGUGCAAAUAUGGAGAGACCGGCCUCGGGACGCCAGGGAUAUCUACCGCUGUGUUCGACGCAAUGUCCUUACCAUUUUGCUGGUUCUGUUGAGCGGGAUCAUCACCUGGGAGAGCUCUGUGGAAAGUCUUCAAGCCCAAGUCCAUGUGUCCAUCGUGUUUCCGUUUUAUCUACCGCAUGCUGUCGCGCUCGCUUUAGCCUCGGUCUGGAAGCACGGAAUCCUGCCAGGGAGUACAUUAGGCCUUUACGCAGCGAGGAUGUACAUGACAUGGCGCGGGUCAGGGUUGACGAGCGUCAACACGACGAUCAUGGUGCUCGUUGCGAUUCUCGCAGCGAUGCAGAGCCAUGUUGGGGCGCAUUACCUCCGCAAGUGUUUGUGUACUGGCCAGGAGAAGGAAAUUCCCACCAUAGAUUCAGUGACGGAUGCGGUCUGGUACCUCCUCGUUGUCACCCUGACAUCCUUUGUUUUCUGCUCCAUCAUCUCGGUGUGUAUCGCUCUUACCCCCAUGGUCAUUUGGGCGGAAUACUGGAGCUUCUGGGGGACGUGGUGGUUGGGUGUACUGGCGGCGAUGAUCACCGUUACGCCACUAAUCAUCCAUUUGUGGGCGUGGAAAUGUUGCCCUUCUUUCAAGCGGCCUGCGAAGCUGCUCGAGUGUGCGGUGACUGGUAUGGUGACCGUCGGGAUUUUGAUCACCAUCUUCUUCUUCAACGUUCAGUUCUUCCGGCCAUUACCGUAUUUUUGUUUUCCUCUCAUCACGUUUACGGCCUUCCGGUUUAACCGCGUAGGAUGGGCAUUUACGGUUUUUGUUGUUGCGUUUUCGUGCGCCACGGGGAGUAUUCGCAAGCGUGGGGCGAUGUACGCCAUGACGGGACGACCCUCACCUUCUGCCACAAGUUUCAUUCUUCAGAUCCAGCUGUUCAGCAUUGUAAUGGGUGUGGUAAGCAUCACACUUGCUGCGGCAGUGCGGGAGAAGAAGAUGCUGACCUGGACCCUUCAUCACAUGAACGUAGAACUCGAGAACAAGGUGGACAGGAGGACACUUGAGCUCCGCAAAGCAAAUGAAGAGCUUCAAACCUCACAGAAAAGGGCGGAAAUGGCGAGCCAUGCAAAGUCCGAUUUCCUAGCCAAUAUGAGUCACGAGAUUCGGACGCCGAUCCAUGGAAUUCUAGGGCUGAUUGCGUUGCUUCUGGAGUCUGAGCUUACUGUCGACCAGAAAGAGAGUCUUGCAUCAGUAAAAGAAUGUGCCGAUCUUUUGCUUCACAUCAUCAACAGCGUUCUCGACCUUGCGAAAAUCGAGGCUGGUCGUUUGGAGGUCGAGAGAGUUUCGUUUAAUAUACGUAAAAUGGUGUCUAGUACAUUUCGGAUGCUGCAAGCUAGAGCUCAAGAGCGUGGUUUGAAGCUGUUUUGGGAAGUAGACAGGAAUGUACCGCAUUCGCUUGUUGGAGACGUCGGCAAGCUCCAACAAUGCUUGUUGAACUUAGUCGGUAACGCACUGAAGUUCACCCACGAAGGAUCUGUGUCUGUACACGUCCGAGUGGCUUCCGACAAUCUGAAGGCUUCACUGAUGAAAGCAGGCCACAGUUUCACUGCACCUGACGGAAUCAGCAACAGAAUGGGUGUAGCGACAGCUGACAAGCUUUCUGCUGACAGAUCCACCUUGGUUCAUGCUCCUGAGAACGUGCUCAUUCACUUCGAGGUCUGUGACACUGGAAUAGGAAUCAACCCGGAUAAAUUGAAGGACAUGUUCAAGCCCUUCACUCAAGCCGAUGCGUCCACUUCUCGCCUCUAUGGUGGUACUGGUCUGGGCCUCUGUAUAGUUCAUAGGUUCGUGGAGCUUUUAGGUGGCACAAUCUGGGUUGAAAGUGAAUUGGGGAAGGGGAGUACCUUCCAGUUUUGCUUGCCCCUAUCCCUCAACAAUCCCAUUCCUAAAGAGGGCUCAGCGGAAGCAUCUCCAAAAGUGAGAUCUCCAGGGAGGGUAGCUAGUCAUAAAUCCUGGACCCUCAUGGGGGGUUUGAUGUUCAACCACCCUGGUUCAGACUAUAGUAUGGGAGCAGUGCAUCCCGAUUCUGAACCUCCGAGUCGCACCUCGAAGAAUGUGUCUAGAGUGCAAUCUGCGAAUGACCUAGCAAUGUGGAAGGGAGCAGACAGCACUGUGAUUUCUAUAGAGGAUCUUUCGAUGUUAAGCGAUGCUAUUUCUAAACAAAGAGAAAACUCGUACUCUCUACACAACGGGACCUGUAGAUCACCCUGUGUUCAAGGAUUAACGCAGAUAGAUGGUGAUGGUCCUCGGCCACGGGGAGCUUUAGACUCAGACUACGAUGCAUACAAAGAAUCACAAAAUGCGAAGAAUCACUUCGAUCACGGAAACUCAAGAGCACACCUCAUUCAGGUCCACGAGGUUCCAAACUGGGACUGUAAAGAGAAUGACAAAGCCCUGAGCGAUGAAGUCAUUGCACCGGUUCCCAAAAUUGCUCAAACCAAAGGCGACACGCUGGAGGUUCUCUCCUUGCAGAGUUUGGAUCUGCUGCCUUUGAAAACCACGAGACCUCUUGACGGCUUCGAAAUGGUUGCUCUAUAUGAAGACCCCUCCAAGCUCAAAUCACCACUUGGAGACACUCAAGCAAUGGACACAUUCCCAUGCAGAUCACAACAGAAUCCACCAGAAGGUGCAUCUACAACACCUUCAGACCUUAGUAGGGAAUCCUCGACAGAGAUGGAGAAAUUACUAGACAGCAAACUUCAUCUGAAGAUCCUCUUGGCGGAAGACAAUGCCAUAAACCAGAAAGUUGCGAGCCGGCAGCUUGAAAAACACGGCCAUAUUGUGAGGAUUGUUGGUGAUGGACAGCAAGCUCUAGACGUCAUUUGUGCUCAGCAUGACGAGUUUGACCUCGUCCUCAUGGACGUGCAGAUGCCAAUAAUGGAUGGAUUAUGUGCAACCGAGAAAAUUCGCAAAGCGGAGCUGGAGUGUGGCUGGUCAAGGGUGCCCAUUUUAGGAUUAACAGCGCAUGCCAUUCAAGGAUACCAAGACACUUGCUUAACUCAUGGUAUGGAUGGCUACCUUGGGAAGCCUUUCGACAUUCAGCAGCUACUGAAAACCAUAGGCCAUAUAUUACCCCGAGACAAGUUGGUUCAAUAGAGAUAGCUUUUUAUAUACUUGUACAAUACAUGUAGGACCAUUUAUUUUCAAACUUAGAAAAUCGACAAUCAUCUCAUCUCUGCACUCACAUGUACAUUUUGUAUCUUCUGCUUGGCAAUGCUUUGUCUGUGUA